UACCAGUUUAAGUCACCCUUCAAAUUUCUUAUUUCGUGGUAGUGGGUGACUCCGAGGGGCAUAUUUUAAGAGAAUUUCAUCCCUGGAUCACUUAUUAACAAGCUAUGUCGUUUUGGGAUACUUUUCAGAACCUAGAAGCUCAUGUAAAAACGAAGAUCCUUACAGAGCUUCAAACCAUUUUUGGCGGAUCGUUUGAAUUCGAGGCGUGCAUUUACUUGAUGCAGUGGUUGGUUCUUCAGUCUUGGUAAGUUGAAUGACGUCACGUGAAUAUCUGCUGUUUCUACUAUCUGUGAUGUUGUUGUACAAAAAUCCUGAAAGUUCCCUUUACAUUUCCCCCUCCCGCUCACCACAUGACGUUUCCAUGUCAUCCACUCACUUCUAAUUUGUUCAAUGAUGAUUUCCUAGAGAUUCCUGUUUUAUUUGUUUUACUUUUUCCUACAGAAACUGACAUUUCCAAAUUUUUACACCUCUUUUGCUUUAUCUUCUGAAAGGAAGCAACUUGUUAAGCUGUUGAGGCAGUGUUUGAUCAGAUCAAUUUCCCAAUUUAGUUAGGAUUUCUGUUUUAGGUUGUUCUCCUCCCCAUGUCAUUUUGUGCUGAUAUGCAGAGUUCUUUAGAGUCGUUGCUACAGUCCCUUAUUGUGAGCUGAUUUUAAUAUCGAAAUGAUGUCUUUUUUGCAGUCUAAUGUGUUUCACUAUGAUAAGCAUUGUAGCAACAAUCAGGAACAGAGUAUCUGAAUUCGAAAAAAACAAACAAACAAACAAACAAACGCAAUAUGCAGGGAGUCAAAAGAAAAAGGAAACAGGAAGAAGGGUAUUUGAAGCCGUUACCAAAAUGAUAUCCAUAAAUUAAGGUUUGGAGAAAACAUCAAAACAAAACAGGGUAUGCCUCCCCAUGACUUUGCAUUAUGGUCAGAUCUAACCUGGAUUUUGCUUUUUAAGCAUGUUGUUUAAUAUUUUUUAGAACCCCAUACGUUUGUAUGGAUUUUAAGGGGUUGUAUGACAUGUAUUUUUCUACUGUACUUUUAUUGAAACUAUCCUUCUUCAUCAAUCUGUGUAGCUUUGGUUACUUAAAACUUGUUUUCAAGAAAAUUUUAAGCUUAUCUCUUUUUUUGCCUCCAGGGAUGAGGCAAUCGACCCGAAUCUUCAGGGAUCAAGUGUAAUAAAAGCUAAACAGUUAAUGGAUGCUACCAUAUCCCACCUGAAUCAACAUAAACAAAAGGUAGACAUACAGAACAGUAUGAAAUGAUUGGCAAUUAACUUUGAGUUAUGUAGCUCUGAUCACUUGCUCUGACACUAAUUUGUGCAAAAUUUGUGUUGGUCUACAGCUGGAGGGUCUAGCUGCAUCUAUGAAUGAUUUCCACAACAUGUUAAUAGCAAAGAAAGUUGAGGAGGUGCUACAUAAAAUAGAGGUAAGUUGAUAGUGAGUUACCAUCUCAGUGUAAUUUUAUUUGCUGCAAUCCCUUCCUUUUGUUUAUACACCCAUGUUGAUUUCUCCGUUUACACUUAUAUUUUGACCACUACAUUACAUAUUUGACCAGUUCAUGAUGCAGCUGACAGUCAAUAGAUUCCAUCGUUUCUUAUCAAAUAGGAAUAAUCCAUGCAUAGCCUUAAACAGUCAGUAAGUGUUUGCUCUUUAUGCUUGAGAUGAAAUAAAUUACAUUUAGUCCUUAUUGCUCCUAGUUUCAUGUACUUACAGGAGGUUUAGCACCAAAUAUUUUGCAUUAUUGCCGACUUAAACAAAACACCAAUUAGUCUAUAUUAAUCCUUGUACUGUAAAGUAGCUCACUAUCUUACACAAACCUUAUGAAACUCUGCACCUUUACAUUUUCUUUGUUAGGAGAGCUAUGGUAAUGAUCCAGUGAAGCUUGCUCAGUAUUUUUAUGGGGUUGUUUCUAAACUGAGAGAAUUGGUCCAGAAUGCAGUUUCUGUAAGUAUAUAUAUAAACAUAAAGUCAUGUACAGUGCAUGAAGCCCUUUUGGUACAGCAAUGGUUUUGAAAGCUGAGCCACCCAUGAAUAUGUAUAGUUGUUUGUAACAAUAUUUUUUAGUAAUUUCAGAACAAGCAAUCUAUUCUGUUCCAGUUGUAGUUGUGAUAACAAAUGUAACAUCACAUAGCAGGAAGGGGUGUGCUUGUGCAAAUUUCUUUGUAACGACCUAGGGUUCAUCUGGUGGUACCUUGUGAGAUUGACCUCUGUCCCAAUUGGCUGUGGUACCUAUUUUCAAUGUGCUUUAUAUUUUUUCAUAAGGGACUAAAUUUUUUUGGCAGAUAUGAGGGAACUGUUAUAUUGAAUACUUUUGUGCAAAGAAAUUUUGAUCACAAACUCAUAAUAUCUUUUAAUAAAGUUUAGGUUUUCAGUUGUUUUAAGUCUUUAAUGUGGUCUUCUCUGUGUUCUUCAAACCUUAAGAUUUCAUUGGAAUCAACAACAACGAUAGAUAUGGAAGACAUGGAUACUGAAGAAAGUGCUCCAGACCCACAUGUUGCUCUGCGCAAGCAACUGGAUGUUCUUGUCAAGGAUAGUCAGGUAUUACACUCUCUUCAAUUUUUAACACUGUCUGCUUAAAGGUGUUUUUUUAAAUGCUCUCUUGUGACUGAAUGAAUAUAGUAUUUUUACUUGUUUACAUUUUUGUACAAUAUUCGAUAAGAAAAAGAACUGAACUUGUGCCAAUAAGGGCACUGCUAUGAGGUGUUUGUGUGGGAGGUGAAUAAUUUUUUCUCUUGUGAAUUUAAACAUUGGCUUACUUCUUGACAUCAUUAGAGCCUUGACUUCGUUGACCAAUGAUGAAACAUCAAUGACUUUUUUUUAACAAGUACCCACUUUCAUCUAGAUUAUUAUUUACCUAGACUGUUGUACUCUAUAAUACCUUACAUUUGUGGUCAAAACUGUUCAAUAAAUGUUUGUCAAGUGUCUAUUAAAAAUAUAUUGUAGAUUUUGCACCUACUUCAGGGCAAUUUUUCUUAGUUUGUGCAGUGCUAAAGAUACAUAGAUAUAUAUAGAUUAAGGUUAACUUGAAUAUGUGACCAUUUACUUCAGAAAAAUGAUACCUUCUUGAAAGAAAUUGAGCAGCUAAAAGAACAGUAUGUGAUAAAGUUCCAGGAAGUGAGUGGGAAAAUAGAUAAAUGUAAGUGCACUGCUUCUGUCUUACUGCAUGGUUACCAUUUCAUUUUGUUGAAUCUUAUCAUAAUUUAACCAUUAAAAGCAACUUCUAUGUCAUCGAAUAUGAUUAGAAAUAUCCAGUUUUUUUCCCAAUUAUAGGGAUUACAGUGAGUAAUUACACUCCAACUUGAAUACAAUUUAAACCACAGUCAGUUGAUAAUUUACCCUGACUUACAAUCUGUGUUGGAAAAAACAGUGUUUCUUUUAAAAUGAAAUCUUGAAAAAUGGGCCAUGACAAUGGUGCAUACCACUGAAGUCUGAAUAUACAAUAUAGGUGCUGCACAAAAAUAACCAGAAAUUGCUUGUUUUGUAUUUGCAAUUAAUGUUGUAUUGCUUUGGAAAGAUAAUUGAUUUGGAAGAAAAUAUGACAGUGCAAUCUGCAUCUAGUUAAUGUACUGAUAACAUUUUGACCUGUGUCUCCAUCUCACUUUCUGAGUAUGCUUUACAAGAACAGAAUUAAAUCAGAAUCUAGUAUAUUUAUUCUUAUGUAAACUGUAAACAUUAGCUAUGACAUAAGUAAGACAUUUAUGACUUUUUUUAUAAACUUGGUACAAAUCCUGAAAUCUGGUGGUAAUCUGCUAUGAUUACUCAUACAUUUGACACUGUUUUUCUGUACUUAAAGUAAAUUUUCAUUAUUAAGUUGAUGCUUUUGUAUUGUGGAGUAUAAUUGUCAUAGUUUGUUUGUUUUGUAGAUCAACAGGAAGCCCAAAAGGUACAAAACUCUUCACAACUCAAUGAAAAUGAAAAGGUGGGUUAUGAUACUUUAAUGACUAUUUCAUGUUAAUGCAUUGAAUCCUGAACCUAAAAAAAGUGUCACUUGUGGUUGUUACCCUUAAGAGUAAACAAAGAUAACCUGUAUCUUUAUCAAGAUGGUCAUGAAGCAACAACAGUUUGAGUGCAGUCAGGCAAAAACAUGAAAAAAGACUCUUUACAUGGGACACUUCAAUCUGAAAGUUUUGGGCAUAAACAGUAAAAACUAGUCUGAGUGACUAAGUUUUGAUUUUGAAAAAGAGUGUUCUUAAUUAGUUAAUAGAAAAUGGUCGCAUCUGUUCUUACUUGUGAAAACUAUUUUACCCCAGAUUACCUGUGAUAGUAGUAAUUGUACUGUUUUUCAUUUGAGCUACAAUGUAGGUGAAGUAUUAGUGCAAAAUGUACUUGUCUUGAAAAGCUAGAGUGUAAUUCUCCAUAUCAAACAAUAUACGUAUAUGUAGUCAUUGAAACAAAGAAAGUAUAUUCUUUAAGUAUCCAAGAAUUUAAAACCAAGGAGUGAAUCUCUCCCCCCCCCCUUUCUAUUUUUAUUGAUUUGUUUUAAUUUCCAGAAACAAAGGAUAGAACACAUCAAGCAAGAGAUAGAAAAAAUUCAACAAGAAUUAAGCAAGAUGGGGGAAGAAUUGUCAAUCACCAAAAGACUGGUAUUUCCAGAUACUUAUUGACUUCUAUUAAAAUAAGUUGUCAUUCAGAUUGGACAUUACAGGUUUUUACAAUCAGGGCCUUUCUAUAAUAGUUUAUUUUGGAAGCUAACCUACAUACUAUGUACUAAAAAAAAGAUGAUCUAGUAAUUUACAUGUGUCACAGCUAACCUUUUUCCAAUACCAUUGUAUUAAAUAAAUAUGUAGCUCUUUGAAUCAUUUUUAUUGUCAUUUCCCAGUUCAAGGACCAUGAUCAGAUGCGUUGCCCUAUAGACUUGUGUUUGACACAUUUUUCAUGACUCAUUUUUUUUUACAGCAGAGUACAAUGUGGCUGCAAAUAUACAAAAACUAACAUCAAAAUUUACCUUCAAAAAAUAAAUAACAAAAUGAAACAGAAAUCUUCCAUCAAAAUGUUUCAAACCUGCAUGUUCUUGGGGCAAUGAGCUACCAGCUGUACCAGUAAAAUCAAGUGUGAAUUGCUUUGUUAUUUUACACAUGUAUGCAGCCAAACACCAAAUUGAAUGUGCAAUGUUGUCUAACACAUUAUGUCAUUACCUUGAAUACGCUUUAUAGAUUUAGUUUAUAUAGCAUAAAGUGUGAUGAAUAUGUUAGGACAUGUACUGAUUUGUUGCUCUUUUGCUAUUUAACUUCCUUUUGGUUUCCAGGGCUUCAUUGAAUGCCUCUGCACUCAUCUGAAGAAGUUAUCUGAAAUAGUAAAGACUAAUUUUGAUGAGAUUGCUGAUUGGAGACAUUUACAGCAGAGAUCCCUGUGUGGUUUUAAGUCUCCACAGUCACUUGACAAACUACAAGAAAUGUAUGAUGGUGUUAUUUAUGCUGUGUGAUACUUAAUGCUAAUUUAGUGUAGGAGUUCAUGUUUUUCAGACUUCAUUCUUAUUCCAGCUCUUGUUGUGCACAGCUGUAGGCAUUAGCUCAUUAGGAAACUUUGCCCUCUCUAAUCUUUUACAUUGUAUGUCUUAAGCCAUUAUUUUACAAAAACUUUAUUUACAUUGAUUAUUUCAUAAGCCUCAUAUUGACAUAAUCACAGUACACAACAAUUUUACUGUCAACCAGUUCAAUAAGUUACUCUUAUCUUUUUCCAUCUGGUUAACAAGUCAUCAUUUAUCUUUUUAAAGUUUCACGCUUGGUACCUAAUAAAGCAUUUUUUGUUUUUGCAUUAACUUCAGCUUUCUUGUAAAAAUAUCUUUUUAUGAAUGUGUUAUUUCAUUAAGAGCAAAAUGAAGUUAAGGAAGACCCACCACAAAAUACAUAAUGUAUUAUUUGUAAUUUCUGUUCAGUGUUUUGAAUGAUUUUGAAAUAGUAAAGAGUGUAUAGAUAUUAGGUAACUUGAAUUGAAAAGCUCUUCACUAAUUUUCCUUUGAUAGUUGUGAAACACUUGCUGAACUUCUGUGGAAAUUGUUUCAACAAGCUUCUCAGGUUAGUCUAGAGGACUGUGCAUUUUUUGCUCUUUGCUGAAAAGUAUUUCCCAGUGAUUUAUUGGGGACCUGGGGUAAACCAGGCAGCUGGUUGAUAUGAACUUGCUUAGGAUUGCCCAAUUGCAUCUUAAAGAAGUGUAGAGUACUAAUAGUGACCCAGGAGAAUGAUAUGAUGUAUGCUUUGUCCAAUAAUUUUCAGCAGAAUAAAGGUUAACUCUACAAAAAUAUAUUAUUUAUUAUAUUGAGGAUAAGUGCACUAAGCCACAUAAUUUUAAAGUUCUGAUGCCUUGUGUCUAGCUACCUUGCUGCUAUUAUGUUAUACAUGUACAUGUACAGGUUUUUUUUUCUUGUAGCUGGACAAUCUUUUCCAUCAAGCAUUUCAGGGGAAUGAAUUAGAACUGAAGCGAAUGGAUAAUGUUAAAACAUCUGCAAGAAACCUCAUGAAACUGUUCUUGACUAAGUAAGUCCUCCUGAUUGUUCAAUCUUUAUGUUUAGCAUUCUGUCCUUCUUAAUUCUGUAAAAAUGCACAAUUAAAUUUCAAGUAAAAGAAGCAGUGAUGUGCACUCAGAGGCAUAUUUAGGGUUCCUCUCCACAACUACCUGAAUAUGUUUUUUUUCCUUUGUAGGACAUUUAUCAUAGAGAAACAACCUCCCCAAGUCCUGAAGAUUCAAACAAAGUUUGGAGUUGUGGUUCGGUAAGUUGUGGUUCAUGAAGUCUUCAUGUUUGAGUGUCAUACAAGUUUUUGAAGAUGUACACUUUAAUUUUUGGAGUAAGCACCAGCUAAUACAAAUUUGUAAUGGUUAUGUAUGUAGGCAUCUUCUUGGUGGAAAACUGAAUAUCCAAACCCAUCCACCAGAGGUUACCUGUACACUAAUUUCGUAAGUACCAACAAGGUUUUUUGAAUUAAACCAUCCAAGUUUUUUAUAUUAGAUGUCAGCUUACUUCUUUUUGUAUUAUGUUUUGAAGUGAAAAGCAAGCACAAGGUCUUAAUGUUGGGAAUCGCAAGAGGUAAAAACUAUUAUUGAACUUCGAUUAUAAUUUGUUCUUUACGAUUUUGCAUUUCAUAUCAUAUAUAAAUCUUCCUUUCCUUUACCUUUUUCCCGUGAAAGAGACAUCCUUGGGGAUAGGGUGGGAAGGUAGGGCACACCUGUCUUACUGCCAGGCCAACGCCUAUUUCAAAGUACACCACUGAGAUUGACGUAUGAGACUUUUAGCAGCUGUGGUUUUCAUUUCAGAUGUAGUCAGAAUUUAUGGGUGGUUUAUGUUACUUGUUUGUCAGGUCGAAAGUAACGUGAGAUGGUUCGAGCAAUAAUUGCCUUGAAUUGGAACAACUCAACUAUUAACAACUCUUUCUGAAACUUUGGGCUUAUUUUAAUGUUAAUGUGUCAAAAAAACAGCGGUUGUGGUAAAAGGGUAUGUACAGCAAUCGAGUAAGAGAUAAAAUAUAUUAUGCAGUACUGACGCUUUUUUUCCCCUCAUGCAGCAGUGUAUCAUCAAACAACAGUCCUGUUUUGAACAACAAGAAGGUCAGUACACCAUUUGCUGCUCUCUAUCGAUUGUCAGACAGAUUUAUUUUUGGUGAAGGUUAAAUGAAGACCAAAGGCUUUCUUGUUUUUAGACACUGGAAUUCAAUCAAGUGACAGGGAAGCUGAUUGGUGAAUUCAAAAACUUGGUAAGCUUAUUACGGAAUGUUUCGACGUGUCUCACGAAUCAGAGUAACUGUCAGUUGUAGAAUCAAACAAUUAGUUGAGGAUCAAAUCAUUUUAACAUAUAACAGUCGAAAUACCGCAGUCUUCAAUGGAAAGAAUGUCUCUACAGGUAAUAGUGAAUCUGGAUCGUGAGAAAAAUGAUCAAAAAUUCAGUAACGAUUAUAAUCAUGAUGAACAAAUACAUCUAUUACAUCCUGCAAUAGCAAUCAUAAUUGGUAACUAAACUGGGCAUGGAAUCUCAUGGCAAAUUAAUAUGAAUAGAGUGCGAAAGGGAAAAAACUAAAAAAAAACAACAACAACAACGGAAACUCGGUUGGUUCUGAAAAAUCUAUUUCGUGAUAAAUUCAUAGGAUUCUUUUAUUCUUAACGAUAGUUGUUACUGUCCGAACUUGUCGCCUUAAUGAACUGUCGCGUGCUGAGAUCGUUAAACAUAAUAAGAUAUUGUUUAAAACUUAAUAUCACAGAAAAAGAAGCCCCUUCUGUGGUUGUUGUUUUUUUUUUGAUACGCCGGAAAUUAUUGUCGCAACUUGCCAAGAUCUUUGUUUCGUAUGUUUGGAGUAGUUGUUAUGCAGAUGUACGAUAUUGGUUAUAUUUUUAUGUUACUUAUUCAUUUACGGUCUGCAACCAGUUUUUAUAUGGUGUCUUUUAGUCCUUGGCCAAAGCCACAAGACAGGGCGGUAAGAACAAAGAAGUAGUGACAGAGGAGAAGUCAGCAUUACUCUUCUCCACGCAGAUCAACCUCGGAAAGGAAAUAUUCAAUAUAACGGUAGGUGGAGCCGAGAAGGGGAGGGUAGGGGUUUGAAAGCGACCUAGUUUGUACUUUUUUCCCUGCACCAUUAAACACAGUGAAACCAGACAACAAUGCAGAUCAAGAGAUACGGCCACCCUUACAGACGACCCUAGCUACUACUCGUUCCUUUGUCGUAAUUUACGAGCCUCUCUACCUCACAACCAUUUCACUUCCUUUUGAUUUGUGAUUGCUGUCCGGACACACUAAAAAGCGUUUAGAAUAUUUCAGUUGAAGUUGGUUGCUUAGAUACCAUCCAUUGCCUUUUCAUCAUGAUCUACUUGGACAGAGAAGUCCUAUAAAUGUGAUCAGAGCACUUUGCCCCAUUGGUUAGUACAGCUUACUUAAUGCUCUCAUUGUUUUGUGGUCCAAAGGUGAUUUCGGUUCCUGUGGUUGUGACAGUUCAUGGCAAUCAACAGUGUGAUGCUGAAGCAACUGUUUUCUGGGACAACGCAUUCGCCGACAAGGUCAGUUAUCUAUUUAGUUCAGAAGGGAUUAAAAAAAGAUGAAUAAGUGAGAAAUUCUGCAGUGGUCACAGAUCUAACCAAAGGUCAGUGCGCGUCUUAGUCCGUUGCGUAGGAUUGGUAUGGGCAGAUGAAACUCGCAAAGGUAAACCUAAUUAAAAAAAGGAUAAUGCCGGUACGAAAUAUUCAUUGGACAUUCCGUAGAUCGCUAGUAACCAUAGUUACUUAGGGCCCCCCACGAAAUUUAGUGUCUGUGUGAUUGAUAAUGCUGACAACUUCUUGGCGAAGAAUCUAAUGAGCAAAUGAUUUUAUUAGGUGUUAUUUAAAUCCUGUUCAUAAUAAAACUGGAUGAACUACGAAUAAUUGUUUUUUCAUAGGAAAGGAAACUUUUUGAUGUUCCCGAUCAAGUUGAAUGGCCCCGCUUUGCAGAAGCUCUGAACAAAAGAUGGGCUCUCAACAAUCAAAUCCAACUUAGUCCUGAAAGCUUGACCUUCUUGGGGAAAAAGAUUUUUCCAGGUUAACACUUUUUCCUAGAUGUUUUCAAGUUUAGUUUCCUACUUCUUUUCAUCCAGAGAAUUUCCUUUGUUAACAUGUAGAAAACGGGCUGUGAACCUGACCUUUACAGUUUUUAAGAUUAUCGACCUUUAAAUUCUGUUGUUAUUUAAAGGCAAAAUGGAGGGAGGUAUGGACAAUGCCAUGGUUACAAGACAGCUCUUCAACAGGGUACAUAUAUUCAAUAUUUUACAGUUAAAUUCGGCAAGAUCUAUAGUAUAUGUUAUCAUAAAAUGUUUGUUUUGAAUUGUUGAACUUAUUAGCCAUAAGAAUAGGUAAAUAAAUAGAUGUUCUGUCUUCUUGUGUUAAUUUUUAACUCAAUGCCUCCUGUACAUCAGGAUCAUAUGAACGGCCGCUCAUUCUCGUUUUGGAAAUGGUUUUACGGAGCCUUAGAUGUGGUGUCAAGACGGCUGUUGGACGAAUGGAGGGACGGGUAUGUCACUCACAUUCCCUUUCUAGUUUGCAUUUGAAGAUAGGCGCAAGAGUUCUGUUUAAGUACAACCACAACCGUGAUUUUUGAAAAACCACUUUUUCUCGAAUUAUUUAUUAUUACUAAUCUGUACAAGAAAACGACCUUUGAACAUUAUAAUAGUAGAACUGUGCGGGAGAGCUGAAUCACUGAGUGGGAUGCCCGUUGAACAUUGUGGUCAGGGGACCAAUGGAACUAGCUAAACAUUUGCUCUGUUGGACUUUUGAGGAAAAUGUUAGCAUGGAUUCAAAUGUAAAUGUGAACAAAUUAAACAAAGGAAGACUACAGCAAUGAACUUUACUGAUUUUUGUUACAGACGCGUGGCUGGUUUUAUCAGCAAGAAUGAUGCGCAUGACAUUUUAAGAGGCUGUAAUUCUGGCACGUUCCUGCUGAGGUUCAGUGAGACAGAGAUUGGUGGAAUUAGUGUCGCCUAUGUUAAUACCUUUGACGGUGGUAAGAAAGCCAGCUACUAUAAACAAAGUAAACGGGUACUUAAAGGACAUAGCUGAAAACUGCGGUUUCAGACAUUUCAUGAAGCUUGUGUGGGAGAGCUGUUUAUUUUUAAACAUGGUCAAUUUCCUUUUAUCCUCACUCUCCGAGUGAUUUAUAUGAGACAUAAAAAUGCACCAGUUAUGAAGUGAUUUUUGGAAGGGACAGGUUUUUAAUUUCGGAGGUCGAGACUUUAUCUGUAACCUUUCAGCGUCGUACAUAAGAAGUAAUUCAGUGGAAAAAACAUAUUUCGGUAUACCUCAGAACAGACGGAUUGGGGAGUUUUUCUUUUGACUAAUAAGGUAUAUUCCACAAGUCAAGACUGUACAAUCUCUUACACGAGUUUAAGUCAUGUAGAGAUUUACAGGUGCCUUAAUAUUUAAAAUCAAUUUCUUUUUUAGGAAAUAAUUUCUCGAGUGUUCAUACCAUCCGUAUUAUCGGUAUGCGGCAAAUUUAAGGAAAGUGUGGAAAUUCAGUACUUCUUGGGGAGGGAAGAUACCAUAAUAAUUCCUUUACGGGAGAAAAAUUAUAAAAUAAACCUCAUAGGUGUACCUCUCUGUUGUAUGGUGUAGGUCCUUGUGAAAUUUUCGAUGUGGCUCCAUGGACGAACGCGCAUUUGCAAAUGCGAAAAUUCUCUGACCGACUAAAAGACUUGGGAGAACUUGUUCAGCUUUACCCUAACAUAGCUAAAGAUGACGCUUUUGGUCCGUAUUAUACCAAUGACGGUAAGCAGGACUAUAUCUCAACUGUAUCGUCUACCUGAAAUGAUAUGCAAAUACCUAUGGAGUAGUUGUGUCUUAAACUGCAGUGACGUUUCUUUUACUAACUAUCUUAUUCAGCCGUUCAACCAUAUGAUGUUCAUAUAUCAUUUUAACAAGUAUCGAUAGUUUCUUUGCUAUUUCGGUUGGUGCCGUUGCCAAAAGACUGAAUAUUCCCCGACAAAUCUGAACAGUUCUCACUCCACAAAACGUGAAGCCCGGCAACAGACUACAGUUUCUGUACCACCUAUAGAAACCCCAAACAUUUAAAUAGUCAUUGCUAUUUAAUGAAAGGAAUUCACUUCCACAAGUGCCCGUAAAUCCACCUGAAGACAAUAACUUUCGUUUUCAAUAAACGAACGCAAUCGAACAGCAGUUGAUGAAAUCAUGAGAAAUUUCAACUGAGUCCCCUUUUUUACUUUGCGUUGUUUUUUAGAAAACCAAGAUACUGAUAAUAAUGAUUAUCAGCAAACUGUACUGGCGGUCAGGCUGGCAGGGUGAGUAUUCUAGUGGUAUAGAAUGGUUGAAAUAAUUACACUUCCACGCCAAGUCACUAUAUUUAAGUUAUCUUUUUAUUAUUUUCGUUUAACGAUGACGUCAGUACCUCUAGUUGUCCAAGAAACAACUAUAGACAAAACUAACGUUGUCACACGAUCAUACAAGAUGCAAUAAUCAGUGUUUUUUAAGGGCCGACCUGAAUGUGAUCCACGCCCUCUUUUGACUUUUAUGUACGAACUAAAUGACUUAUUUUGAGUCGAUCUUGACAGUUUCAAAAUACUGCAGAUAUAAAGAUCAGAUUAGAAACUGCUAAGCGCCUUAAAUAUCUGUGGGUUUUUUAUCUUCACUUAGGAGACAGGGCGGCAGGAGUCCUAUGUACCCGGCUGGAAGGGACUCUUCCAUGGUAAGCGUCUUUUGAUGUAUUUCAGCUGGUUACGUUGUAUUUUGUAGCUUCAUUAAAGAGCGAAAUGAUGAAACUUUUACUCGUCCAACUACAGUUUAAACCAAACUAGAGUUAAGUGAUAAGAUACAUAUAAUAGCGAUUGGCUUUGUUGAAGACUGCAUGCUGUUUAAACGUCUUGUUUCUGUUACUGCUUUCGGAUGCCUCCGCUGUAUGUACAAGGGUCUAUGUUACUGAAAAUGCUAAGUAACUUUAAUUUUCAUAACUGCCUUCAUAGUCUAAUUGCCGUAGUAAUUUCUUUGGUCGUUGCCUAGGAAACUCCGCCAUCAAGUUCGUAUCCAUUUCAUGGCUUUCCAGAUAUGUCAUUGUACCCAGGUUCCCCUGCCUCCCCGCCCUCGCCCCAGUCUGUCGCCAGCUCUACCGUUCUGGAUGGAACAGAACUCGGUUUAGGUAACCAGGAAAUUGUCGGGGACUACGGACAGUUGACGCCUGAGCUGGCAUUGAGCAAUGUUUUCCUGAGCGGCCUUCAGACUGUUGGACCUUCUAGUUAUAUGGCGGCCAUGGCAGCCGCGAUGGGUGAGGAUUUUGCUGAUCUCUCAAUUUUCAAUGAUAUUAAUCCUGCGCAGCCGCAGUAGGGGCUAGUUACGAACCUUGGAGACAGUCGAGGAAAGGAUUCGUGAAAAAUUGACGUAUGUUGAAAUCGUACAGGAUGGGUCCACUCUUGUAGUCCAGGGGGAUGGAAUAUAAAGGUUUUCGUAUCCUUGCUCAGAAGACAAACAAAACAAAAUGAGAGAAGUGAACGUAAUUCUCUUCAGAAUCGAAGCUCUUUUCCCAGGCUUAAGAGGGACCAAAAGUUUUGUCUUUCAUUACGUCAAUUUUCUGACAGUUCAGUUUUAAUCGGGAGUUAGUCGGUGCAGGAUUUAACCUGUGUUGACAAUUUAGCUAAAUGUAGAUGUGGUAAACAGUUUCAGUUUUUCAAAGCACUAUGCUCUUGAUCCAUAUGCAUUGUCUUAGUUUGUCCCAGCAGGUGGGGGCACUAUACAGCAUAUGCUAAAACCUGGCACUCGCCGGAGUUAACCUCAGGGAAUAGUUAAGAGGGCUGAACUGUCAUCCAUUUGGCCAAACUCGAGAAUCGUACUGCAGAUGCGUAUUUUUUGUCGAUGCCGAUCAAACAAAACUGAAGUAGGUAAAAGGCAUGGCACGCACGACUCACAAAAUCUCUUUUCUUUGCGUAGAGUGUUGUAUUGUAUUAUUCAAAGAAGCCGCUCACUGUGUGGUUUGUUCUUCGUACUGGAAAAAUUGCCACAAUGUGCUCUAAAAGUGUCCAUGGCCUUUGGGUAUUCAUUGAACGUUAUUGCGGGCUUUAUUUUACUCGCCGUUAUUUGUUUUAAUUUUUAUAUACCGCCUUGUUUUUUUUAAGGAUUACAACGAAUGUGAGAUAAAGCGGUCGUAAUGUUUUCUGAUUUUAAGACGGUUGUCCGGGCUGAAACUAAGGAAUAGAAAUACUUUUUACGACAAAAAGGUUUUAAAUUAUUUGCACUUUUAACCGUCAACUGUUUAUUUGCAUAUUAUGUGGUGUGCUGGAUUUAAUUCCUCUUGUAGCCAAAAUAACUGUUUGUCACUGAACUGAAGUCCUUCGUAAUCAUAGGAGAUUGGCACGUUCAGUUCGCUACAGAAUAUAUUAUAGGUAUACAAUAUUGAACAAAUAAUAAGGCAUUUACAUUAGCCACCUUUAUCUUUUCAAGAUUAAGUGGCAAGGUAACUUAAUAUAUUGGUAAGACGUAAAGGAAUUAUUAGUUAUCGGAGUAGGUAAAUUUUAAGCCGAUCCGCAGCAAAGUGCAUUGCCGUUCUCCAAGGUUCGUAAACUAUACCUUAACUCUUGCAUAAUAUGUCAGUUCGGUGUGUGUAGAUGUUAAUUCCUAUUUUGGGACUUUUACUACACGCAAGUUAUAUGGUUAUUUUGAUUUUAUGGUUUUGUUAUCUUCUAUGUUUCACGAUGGAUUAACUUACGUUACUAAACUGGCGGAAUUCUUUAGGGUGUAGUACAGUAGUAGUUGAAAUCUAUGGUUUUACGACUUUUAUUUUGUUUAGAGGGGAAAAACAGCUCUGAGUUUAAACUUUAUUGAACUGUUAGCAUGAACGUGUGGUGCUGGCCUUACUCAUAAUAUGGCCAAGCCUGUAAAAAAUUUUCCUCUUAAAGUGAUUGACAGACGCUAAGCUGAAACUUUGCCUUGAAGAACAAAGGUUCAAAGGUGAAACGUUUUUUGUAUUUAAGUGGUUGUCACUGCUAAGAGAAUUCACAGUUAUCUCCUUUUGUAAUCUGUUUAAAUGACCCAUGGAGAAUGCUCAUUGCUUUAGGUGUUUAGAAUUUAUGUAAUAUUGAAAAUUCUAGAGGAUCGUAGUAUUUGUAAACAAAGUCAGCAGUCAACUAUUAAAUAUUAAAAUUUGAAUUUUAGUUGUAUUACUCUCUCGAGGGAAAAAAUAAAAUGCAUGCAAUUGGGAAAGGCUUAAACCAAAGGCAAAAUUUGACAGCGAAAGUGAUCUGCCUGAGUGAGUUUUUGCUGAUGCAUUAAUGAUGUUGUUUUUGCCUCUUUUACCUGCGGAACUUGAUGUUCGAGCAAAACGUGUUUCCAAACUGACCUCUCAAGUACAGUUCCGCAUUUGAAAGAUUUUACAGGUACAAUUUUAAGUCAAUGCUUAUUUUGUGGGGAUUUUUGUGGGAAAAAUUCUACAAGAAUGGGGAGUGGGAACAGAAAAUUAAAAUUAUUACGUGUGGAAUCUAUUUAUUUCUAGCGG